AUGCGCAUAAACCAGGUCGCGGGGAGAGUUGACCAGCGACGAGAUGGACCCUCCGAGAAGAAGGAAAUGCAAAUGCAGAAUGCACAAGUCAAGUGCGGUGGCCGUACCUGCCACUCAGGUGAUAUUGGUAGGCGAGAUCAAGCAAGUGCAACCGUGAAUCGGCUUCCUUCCAUUGUCCCAGGUCACGCAGAGAGGCAGGACUAUAUGGGCGAGAAAGAACCUGGAGAAUACUUCACCAUACCUGGAACGACUAUGCCCAGAGACGGGACCGAUCUGCUGGCUGCGGCUCGCACACAUCGUCACCCUGGCCUCACCUGGCUCCAGGUCACCAGCACCCGACCCCAAGACCGAGCUCGCGGAUCAGCGCCGCCUGCCCCAUCGCACUGCAUCCCGUCCAUGUGCUCGCUCGCUGCCAUGUCACCACCCGGGAAGGCAAGCGGGUGGGAAGCUGGCGAAGCACAUAAACUGUCAAUGGGGCCAUCCCCACGGCCUACGUAUCUUGGAAGUACGGUGCGGCGGACGGUCGAGCACAUCGCCGACUCGACUUGCCGACACUAA